GAAAACAGAGAGAGAGGGGGGGGGGAAGAGGGAGGGGAGAGAUGGGCGAGGUGUGGGGUCUCAUGCUGUGGUCAUUGGUUGCAGGGACAAUGAUGUCUGGGACAGGUACUAGAGGGCAGGUUGAGGACGAGCUAAAGGGCCAACUCCGCGUCGGCUUCUACCGGCAGAGCUGUCCGGCCGCCGAGUCCAUCGUGAGCUCGGUCGUCCGGGACGCCGUUCUUUCCAACUCUAACAUGGCCGCGAUCUUGCUCCGUCUCCACUUCCACGACUGCUUCAUCGAGGGAUGUGAUGGCUCGAUUCUAGUCGAAAACGGCCCAGUUUCGGAGAAACACGCAUUCGGGCACCAAGGAGUGGGAGGGUUUGAGGUGAUAGAGCAGGCCAAGGCACAGCUUGAAGCUGCCUGCCCAGGCACAGUUUCUUGUGCAGACAUUGUGGCUUUAGCCGCUCGAGACGCCGUUGCCCUGGCAAACGGUCCCACAUAUGAGGUUCCCACCGGGCGAAGGGACGGCCGGAUGUCGAACAUGUCACUGGCCAGUGACAUGCCGGACGUUGUCGACUCCAUUGAGCAGCUGAAAUCUAAGUUCUCGCGCAGGGGCCUAUCCGAGAGGGACCUCGUGCUACUAAGCGCUGCACAUACGAUCGGGACCACAGCAUGCUUCUUCAUGACGGAACGACUCUACAAUUUUAUUCCGGGUGGAGGAUCUGACCCUUCGAUCAACCCAGGUUUCCUCCCGGAAUUGAAGGCGAGGUGCCCCCAGAACGGGGACGUGAACGUCAGGAUACCAAUUGAUGAGGGGAGCGAGCGUGUAUUCGAUAAGCAGAUACUGCAGAACAUCAGGAGGGGGUUCGCCGUCUUACAGUCAGAUGCGAAGCUGAACGACGAUCCUGUAACCCAGAGCGUGAUGGACUCCUACCUGGGCUUCUUCGGUCCCGUAUUCGGGCUCUCUUUUGAGGCUGAUUUCGUUGAGGCUAUCGUGAAAAUGGGACAGAUAGAUGUGAAGACUGAUUCGGGAGGCGAGAUCAGGCGGGUCUGUUCAUCCUUCAACUGAAAAUGGCUGCCUGUUGUAGAUGAAUCACUUUCUAUUUUGGUACAUAAUUUUGCUUCCAAAUCGAUCAUUCUGUAUCAUGAACGACUUGGAGUCAGUUCCUAGACUACUAAUUUGUUCUAUAACUAGAUUUUCUAAAGUAAAA